AUGAAUGAGGCAUCCAUGCUGGAGCUUACCGCCGUCCGGAUCAUUGUGCUCUUGGUAUCGAACGCUGUCAAAGUCGCGCCCGCCCCGACUGUGGAGGUCUGGCAGUCAAUUCCACUUCGCCACUGA